AUGCGAGCUCCAUCAACGAGACGUGAGCGUCCUGCCCGACGUAACGCCAAUUAUCGUCGAGAACCGGAACCACCCAAGGUAUACAAUCGUGUGUCGGACACUGGUGAAGUAGAAUCUGAAGCAGCGUCGGUUGUAUCCUCUGAAGAGAAAACAACGGAGGAUCGUGUUGAGGAAGCAUACUUGUCUGAAGAUACUGCCGAAGAAGAACCCGAAAACGAAAUUGAAGAAUUCGAGGAGGAUAUAAUAUUGGACGAAGAUCAAGAAAUGGAAGAGGAAGUCGACGAAGAACUAGAGGAAAUGGAGGAGCAGCAAAUUGAGGUUGGCGAGGAGGAUGCAGAGGGUGAAGAAGAAGAGGAGGACGAGGAAGUUGAUUUGGAGGGGACACCGCAACUUGGCGAGGAUGAGAGUGAAGAAGAAAGAUAUGACGAGCCAAGUGAUGACGACGAGGAAGAGGAGGAAGACGAGGAGGAGGAAGAUCUUAGUGAUUUUGAAAUACAACCAUCUGGAAGGAAAGGAGGACGAGCAAGAUCUAUGGGGUCAAUACAAUCGAAGGCAAAGCGGAAACCUCCGGCUAGAUCGACGCGUCUGCAGCAAAAACAAGUGAAAAAGAAAGCCAAGUGA